AUGAUUGCUCAACUGUCUACUGAACUUCAUUAUAAGAGGUUACGUGCAUGUUACAUGGUGAAAAGUCCAGGCUGUAGGUCAGUUGUGGCAAAACUGUCCGAAAAAUAUGACAUAUCUCAAGAAGACAUCAUCCGAGGAAGACAGAAUAAAAAUAUUACUGAUAUGAUAUAUGAAAUAGCUUCCGUUGCAAAUCAGCAUCUUCAAAUGGUAACCAUCAUCAUUAGAGAGCAUUCUCCUUGUACUCCUGAGAAAACAUAUGUAGCUCAGACUGACUUCCUGCCCAGUGUAUUUGUUGAUGGUACAAAAAGCAGUGGGCCAGAUAAAAAUGUCAGAAUUAAAGAAGAAGUACCAGGACGUCAUGUGGAAAUAUACAUAAGACAUAUAUCUACUCGAAUAGUUUUGCAUCAGAUAGGACAUUAUCUUACUUUUGCUAUUCGUAUUCCUCAAGAAGUUGCCAUCCAGAAUGGAAGAAGUGAUUCCUUCGAAUUGUGUGCUAAAGGAUGUCCAAAACAAGAAAGAAUAGAUUACAGUCGUCUGUUUUCUCUUCCUAACCAGUGGAUUCCAAUAGUGACAAAAAACGGUAAAGCCACAAUAACCGUCCAACAGGCAGCCAAAAUGUGUAGAGAGUUUAAUGUAACAGACUUUUAUUUUGAUGCCUGUAUUUUUGAUUUGUUAACAACUGGUGACAGCAGUUUCAGUCAGGCAGCAAGACAGGCCAUGAAGGAUGUGAUUGCACUNAAAUAA